UUUUAUUUUAUUAAAUCAUUUAUUAAAAUGUAUGAUGAAAUUAAAAUUAGUGAUGAUGUAUUUGAACAAAUAAAAGACUUCAAAUUUUGGGAAUGACUGAAGAACAAGAAUUAUUAAUUGAUAAACUAAUAAUAAACAAAGAAUUAAAAGAAUGUUAUAAAAGAAAUGGUUUAUGUAAAAAUUGCAAACAGACCAAUUCUUAUUUUAAAUGGUGUCAGCCAUGUAUUUCUAAUCAUUUUCAACCAAAUUUCAAAAAUUGGACAAGUGGAAAUCAUGACGUUGAUGAAUUUAUUCAAAAAGCACAAUUAAAAGCUAAAUAUGAUUUACAAAUCAUAGAAUGGAUUGAAUAUUAUAGAUUUGAAGAUGUUGAAUAUUUAGCAAAGGGAGGAUUUGGAACUACUUUUAAAGCAGUUUGGAAAGAUGGUCCUUGGGAAUUGAAUGAUGAUAGUCAAUUGGAAAGAGUAGGUGAAACAAAAGUCGCUUUAAAGUGCUUAAAUAAUUCCCAAGAUAUUACAGCAGAUUUUUUAAAAGAAGUUGAAUCAAAUAUUUUAGUAUAUAAUACUGGUCGGACAGUUCGUUGUUUUGGUAUUACCAAAGAUCCAAAAACAAAUGAUUUUAUGAUGGUGAUGGAAUUAAAAGAUUAUAGUUUAAGACAACAUUUAAAUAACAGCUUUAUUUCAAUGAAUUGGGAGGAAAAGUUGUUUACUUUAUAUAAUAUUGCGGAUGGUCUUGAAGAUAUUCAUAAUGAAGAAUUAAUUCAUCAAGAUCUUCAUUGUGGGAAUAUAUUAAGCAAUGACAUCCAUCAGGCUUUCAUUACUGACUUGGGAUUAUGUCAACCAGCAAAUGUCAAAUCCUCUCAAAAUAGUAAUAGAAAUAUACAGUAUAUGGAGUAUUACCUUAUGUAGCUCCGGAAGUUUUAAGAGGAAAGGAAUAUACUCAAGCAAGUGAUAUUUAUGGAUAUGGAAUUAUUG